AGAUGUCACUUUCUGAUUCUCUCGGCAGUAGAAUAAGUAUUCACGAACACAGACGUUAAAGUCACUUAUGUAAUGGUGGUCUAAGACCACAUUUGUCUGAUCUGAGGUUUGAAUAAAGUAUUGACAAAAUGUCUUUUAGCAGAGUAAUUGCCCGGUCAUUCUCUUCCAGUUCUGUCAUCCAGCAGAUGGUCAAGCCUCCAAUUCAAGUAUUUGGAACAGAAGGACGAUAUGCCUCAGCCCUUUAUUCAGCAGCUUCUAAGCAGAAGACAUUGAAUAAUGUUGAAAAAGAUCUGAUUAAGUUACAAGAUACCAUAAAGAAAGAUACAAGAUUAGAGGAAUUUAUGAAAAAUCCAUCGAUUAAACGAAAGGAAAAAGUAGAAGCACUUAAGACUGUCAGCAGUAAACUGAGUGUGAGCAAAGAGACUGCCAACUUGUUAGGUUUACUUGCAGAAAAUGGCAGGCUCGGGAAAAUAAAUACUAUAAUAAAUACAUUUAAAUUAUUAAUGGCUGCUACUCGAGGUGAAGUUGUUUGUGAAGUGACCACAGCAAAACCACUCGAUGCUGAUACAAAAGCUAAACUUGAAGCUGCUUUGAAAGGAUUCUUACAGAAAGGAGAAACUAUUUUGCUUACUGCAAAGGUUGAUCCUUCUAUUAUUGGAGGUAUGAUUGUAUCUGUAGGUGAUAAAUAUGUGGAUAUGAGUGUUGCUAAUAAGAUUAAAAUGUACAGUGACAUUAUUUCUACAGCAGCGUAAUCGCUAUUUAGAGUAUUCAGUAAUAUGAAAAGGGAUAAAGUACUGAUUUAGGCAAUCGCAAAAUGUAUAUCAUAGAACAAUAAAUUAUCCGAAUCCAUUUACCUA